GAUGAGUAACCAGUCGGGGAAGUUGCUCGCUUUUUGAGGUUUCUCUUGUAUAUAUUCGUAUUUCUGCGAACACUUUGGACAACAGUAUGCCAAAAAGCGCAAGCACAAAGACCGUUUUCGCUUUUUUCUGCAUGUUACACUUUGUUUGUUGCGAAGUUAGUGCGCAGAUGUUAUCCUCCUGCUUACAAGAAUUGGAUCUUAAUCCUACUGAUUUCCCAAGUUUUAUUAACGACAACAUGAAACGCGGAUGCCUAGAUGCUUGCAUAAUGCAGAAGAUGGGUCUGAUGAACGACAAUGUUAUUAACAUGGAGAAAAUCGACGAGUACAUCGACGAGUACAUCAAGGUGUUCCUUGGCGCCGAUAAGAAGGACAUCAUACGUCAAAAUAUGCAUCAAUGUGUCGAAAAUGUUGCGAACGACGAUAAAUGCAUGGUUGCCGAAAACUUUGUCGAGUGUGGUCUACGGCAAUUGGAAUUUACCAUUCAAAAACUCAUAUAAAAGAUCAAAAACUUAUAUAAAUGGUCAAGAUUCUCUAUCAAAUACAACAAAUGUUGGAAACUCCGCGGUAUGUGAAAUUAACUAAUUCAGUGUUAUACAAAUCGUAAACAUAAGAAAUUAAUAAAGCAUAAAGUAAAAAC